CAAGGUCACACCGCUGCCCCCUCCCGCGGCUGUCAAUGUCUUAUCAUCCCGUGCGAUCCAUCAAUCCUUCUUGGAACAGAUCCCAACAAUCUACCGAUUGCUCACGUAAAUCAAGCAUCUAAAAUACAACCUCCCUUAUCCCCAGGUGCCUUUACCUGAUCCUGAGGUUCAUAUUAUUUACAUCCUUUUUUUUUCUAUUUUCUUUUGUUCUUUUGGUCUUUGUUCCAUCAGACCAGUGUGGUCCCCUGGAGCCUGUUAUUCUUGGGUUCCUGUUACCAGUUUGAAAAAAGCCACGGAGGAAACCCCACUAUUAUCCCAGCGAAUUUUAUUAUCCCAUAUAAUUGCGCACCUCUACACCAUGUCCUUUUCAAACCUUGUUUCUGAUAUCGCCUUUCGUGAUGCGCACCCUGAUGACCGCAGCUCGCAGAUCUCUCACGCGCGAUCACAAGCAACUGCUAGAUCAUAUACAAGCACCGCGGCCACGAGUGUCAGUAUAUCUGGUGAUAUUUCAAGCCAGCUACACUCUGGCUACAGUCAUCCCCUAAGCAGAUCAUGGCAGGCUGAAAGGCAGUUGACCAAGGAGAUGCUCAUAUACCCGCUUUUUAUUACGGAUAAUCCUGAUGAAGAAACACCAAUACCAUCUCUACCUAAUCAAAACCGCCGAGGCGUCAAUCGCAUAGUCCCCUUUCUGAAACCGCUUGUCCAGAAGGGGCUACGUUCAGUGAUUUUGUUUGGGGUCCCCCUACACCCUUCUGCAAAAGAUGCGCUCGGAACUGCUGCCGAUGACCCCGCUGGCCCAGUCAUUCAGGCCAUCCGUCUUCUUCGGUCCCGAUUCCCCCAACUCUACAUUGUGACUGACGUGUGUCUUUGUGAAUAUACAUCACAUGGUCACUGUGGAAUACUCAAAGAAGAUGGUACGCUGGACAAUGCACAAUCUGUGGAUCGAAUUUCAGAUGUAGCGCUUGCAUAUGCUAUAGCUGGUGCUCAUUGCGUCGCGCCUUCUGACAUGAACGAUGGGAGAGUACGCGCCAUCAAACUCAAGCUGAUCGAAGCCGGCCUUGCGCAUCGUGUUCUCCUGAUGUCGUACAGCGCCAAGUUUAGCGGUUGCCUUUAUGGACCUUUCCGUGACGCCGCUGGCUCAUGCCCAUCUUUUGGAGACCGUAGAUGUUACCAGCUCCCACCCGGUGGACGCGGCCUUGCUCGACGUGCAAUCCAGAGAGACAUGGGCGAAGGGGCAGACAUAAUUAUGGUCAAGCCUGCGAGCAGUUACCUGGAUAUCAUUAGGGAUGCAAGAGAGCUAGCAAAGGACAUACCGAUUGCUGCCUACCAGGUUAGCGGCGAAUACGCGAUGAUUCAUGCCGGAGCGAAAGCGGGCGUUUUCGACUUGAAGUCCAUGGCUUUUGAGAGCACAGAGGGAAUCUUGAGAGCCGGUGCUGGAAUUGUAGUAAGUUAUUUUGUACCAGAAUUUCUGGAUUGGCUUUAGGGCCUAUGUGCUUGACAUCGCAGAAAAAUGAUGCAAAUGUGACAUUAGCAGAUUGAAAAGAAAUAUAAUACUUCGUCUAACAAUUGAAACAAAUGUCUAUUUUAUCACACUAAAUAAUAAAGCAUUUAGUUAAUAAUU